GCUCAUUCGUUCUUCGAUACAUCUCCCACGACCCACUCGCAAGCUCACGUUCCUCACGUUCUCGGGCUCUUUUUUUUCCUCAUCGAAAACAUAACCAUAAAUGGAAAAAAUCAUUAUUACCGCUCCUCAGAAAAUAAUACCAAUAAAUACAUAUUCAUUUUUUCAUCUUUUGAGAGUACAAAAAUAUCUUCAAAAACUUGCAAUCGGCGCAAUGUCAUCUUGUCGCUCACGAGUACCGUUCAUUCUGCUUUCAUGCACGCGUUAGAAUUGGGAUUCUGCUGCGUGCUCUUCGCUGAUUUUUUUAUCGAUGCUCUUAUCUGGCUUGUCUUUAAUAAGAAAAAUGCAGCGAAAAAUUAUUUUUUUUCUACAAUUCGAUUGGGAUGACAAUUCUUCAUCAAUUGUACAUUGAUUAUCUCCUUCCAUGGCGUUGUUAACUUCAUGUCAAAAUGUAUAUUUAUAUUUAGUUUUUUUUUUAUUGAAUAAUGACGUUUCUCAGUCGAUAACUUUAUUGUAUCGGCUGUCGGUUAACAAAGGUCCCGGUAUUCAACUCCGACCAACUUUUAUUUUAGUCGCGUUAGCUUGCGCAUUAUUCAACGAUCCUUUUGAUUUCCCUAUUCAUGUAAGAAUGGCGUGCAAUGUAAUUAUAUAGUUUCUCAAAAAAAUGUUUACAUUAUAUAGUUUAUCAGAUCCACGAUUCAUUACGUAUGUACGAAUGUAUUUCGGAUAAGUCGUGAUUAUACUUUCACAACUCGCCCGUAAACAAAAGUGUGUUUCUCGCCUUUAUAGUAAUUCCGGAAAAACAUUAUCCGUUUCAACAACAAUAUCGUAUUUCGUAGAUCAACGAAAUCAAUUGUUUUACACUCCCUAAAAAAAACUCGGGCUUUUUAAAAUCUUAAUAAUGAGAAUUAAUUUAGAUCUCAAUUUCUGUUUAUUCAUUAAAAAUAAUUCAUUUGUGCGAUAAAACAAUUCUGUUGAUUCUCGCUCGAAGCGUAGAUCGAAUAAACGAUUUUUGUAGGGGUUCGGUCGAAUAUUCAAAAAUUAGGGUAAACAAGAAAGAGAAAUUAUCAUUCCUCACAAUAAAAUAAAAAUGGUAAUUUCAUAAGGGUCUGAAAAAAAAAUAUUCAAUUACCAUUUUUUUUCUUCCACUUUGAAUGAAGAGAAAUUUGCGCAUUGUCUCGAUUUUUAAGGCAUUACUCCAACGAUGGUUUUUGAACUUCAUUAAAUUGAAUAAUUUCAAUGCAAAUUCGAAUCUUUCGACCUAGACCCUUGGAAGUUUGAAGAUGUGCCAAAACCUCGGGACAAUAUUUCAUAAUCAGCAGGGGGAUAGUAAAAAUCUAUUAAUACUUAUUUUAGUGAGGUUGUCAUUAGCCCAUUGUAGAGCGCUCGAGCGUCGUGUGGAUUUUCAACGUUUCAAUCGCUUUCGGUUUUCCACGUAGUUUUUUCACCUGUUGAUAGUGAAUAAUCGGUGAAUGCUCAAUAAAUCAUUGUUCCAUUGUGAAAGGAAGAGACGCAUUGAAAACUCGACCUUUCGAGCUGCUAUUUCUUGCAAGUCAAGAUGUACAAAGUUACUUCGGAAAUUCACACUGAGGGAGAAAACGUCGUCGACGAUUCCGAAAAAAAUCACGUGACGAGGGAAUUCUCCUUCGUUUAUCCGCCGUUUUUAUCCGAGGUGAAAAACGAAACGUUGAAAUGCGACGAGGACGGGGACUUGAUAGUAAAUCGGCCAAAAAAAGGAAGCAUUGUGAUCGAAUACAGCACGAGUACGGAAUUGCAGCUUGUGGGCUUACAAAUUUGGCGUGGCGCUCUCUUGUUGGCUGAUUACGUAUUAUCUCAUCCGUACCUGUUUAAACAUAAAAAAAUUUUGGAGCUCGGCUCUGGUGUCGGAUUGACGAGCAUUGUGGCCAGCUUGCUAGCUAACGAAGUCAUUUGUACAGACGUCAACGUUGGAGGCAUUUUGGAACUCAUUGGCUCGAAUUUCGAAAGAAACGAGAGCAUCGUUCGAUCGAAAUUCGUCAUAACGGAGUUGAACUUUUUCGAUUCUGAUUGGUCGCCCCAGUUACAGGAAAAGUUGAAAGGCGCCACUGUCAUUUUAGCCGCAGACGUUAUUUACGACGACGACGUCACCGAUGGAUUCGUGGCCACGUUGUCGAAAUUAUUCGAUGAAAAUCCUUCGAGAAUUGCGUACGUGGCGUUGGAAAAACGUUAUGUAUUCACGAUAGCCAAUUUGGAUUCGGUUGCACCGAUGUACGAAGAGUUUUUACGCUGCAUCGAUCGCCGCAAAUUCAAUUGGACUAUCGAGUACAUCGAUCUCGAGUUUCCUCAAUAUUUCCAAUACGACAGAGUCAAACAGAUGAUCCUUAUGAAAAUUCACCCCAAAAAAGACUCGGUGACGUGACGAUUUUUUGAACUAUCUUCCUUUUUUAAAUACUCAAUGAAUUCAUUAAUUAAUUUAAAAUAAAUCAAAAUAAUAAUAAUUCAUUAAUUCAUUAAUCUAAAAAUUUAAUAAAUACAAAUUUAAAAAUAAAUACGAAUACGCACGCACACAAUGGAAAAAGAGUCAGUCAAAUCCUAUUGACUUUCUGAAUCACUCGAACAUACGCGUUCGAAUAAAACGUUUAAUUGAAUUGAAACCAUGAAAUAGUUACAUCGAUGAAGAAGAGUCGUGGCCAUUAUCACUUUUGUUGAAUCGAAUAAAUUCUUAAUCGAGCGAAGAAAGUAUUGCUCGAUUGGCCAAAAAGGAUUCGGUUGUUUGAACAAACCUUUCUUUUCGAACAAAAAACACAAUAGAAACUAAGACUGUAUGAUGAUUCCAAUAAAAUUCUGUUUUGUGCAA